AUGGUGAAACAGGAUACGUUUACGCUCGAACAGUUUGUCGACAAGUACGAAACUGUUGUGGACUAUAACUUGGGAGAAACAUGCUGCUAUUCUAUGUCUCUUGACGAGAUCGAAGAGAUCAGUGGUGAAAAGUUUGAUUUCGGUAAAUUGGCCGAGACCCGAUUGUCCUAUUCUUACAUUAAGGGCUCUCCAGAAUUGAGGAGACAGAUCUCUGAGCUCUAUCAAGGGGUGACUGAUGAUGAUAUUGUCAUCACUAACGGUGGUAUUGGGGGUAAUUUCCUUACUUUCUACUCUUUAGUUGGUCCAGGAGAUCAUGUCGUAGUGAUGAGUCCAAUCUACCAGCAAUUGUCUUCAAUUCCAGCUAUGUUUGGUGCCGAUGUAGAUAUUCUUCGUUUGAAUUUUGAGGACGGGUUUCAGCCUGACCUUUCCAAGUUGAGAUCAUUGGUUAAACCAAAUACAAAAAUGAUUGUCUUGAAUAAUCCUAACAAUCCAACCGGUUGUAUUAUGUCGAACAAGGUGCUCAAACAAAUAGUGGAUAUUGCCAAAAUCAACGAUAGCUAUGUUCUCUGUGACGAGGUGUACAGACCUCUUUUCCACUCCUUGAAUGCGGACGAAACGGCCCCCAACUCUAUCGUUGGGCUCUACGAUAAAGGUAUUUCUACGGGGUCGAUGUCCAAGACUUUUUCUGCUGCAGGAACUCGAUUGGGAUGGAUUGUUUCGAAGAAUAAGGAGCUUAUCGAAGCAUGCUGGAUAAGAAGAGACUACAAUAUGAUCUCCGUUAGUAUGGUUGACGAUAUGAUCGCUCGAUACGUGUUGCGCAAUAAAGCUGCCGUGUUGAAGAGAAACUUCAAGCUUUGCCAGGACAAUUUGGAGUUGAUGGAACAAGCCGUGGCCAAAUCCAACGGUAAAAUCGAAUUUGUUAGACCCAAGGCUGGAACUACUGCGUUUGUCAAAAUUAAUACUACCGAUGGAACUUCUACUAUGCAAUUGGCUGUCGAUUUAGCUACCUCCUACAGGACACUUGUCGUUCCCGGAGAAACCUUUAGCUAUCCAGGGUUCCUUCGUAUUGGUUUCGUCAAUAGACCAGAAGAUAUCGUUCAGGGCAUGAAAAACCUCAACAGUUAUUUAAAUAACCACUAA